AUGGAUAGUACGCGUGCGAUUACAUCGCACGUCAAAUCCGCCUCGUUCAGCUUCCUUACAGCAGACGAGGUGCGUAGUAUUUCAGUACGGCAGAUUGUGAACCCUGUCUUGCUGGAUAAUGCAAAUGCGCCGACGGAAGGCGGUCUGUACGACCCCGGCCUUGGCCCCAUGCGCCUCGACGAUAUAUGCCGUACGUGCCACAUGAACCACUUUGAGUGUCCUGGGCAUUUUGGGCACAUUGAGCUACCUGCGCCUGUAUUCCACCCCUUGUUUAUGAACCAUGCUUUUUCUCUAUUGCGCGGGAUGUGCGUCUUUUGUCACCACUUUACCAUUUCGCGCGUGGCUAUGGCCAAGUACGUAGCGCAGUUUAAGCUGCUUGACUACGGCCUUAUGGACGAGGCGGAGAACAUGGCGAUAGAGCAGCUGCGGCGCCCAUUGCGUAUUGAUGCCGAGGACGAGGAGGAGGCGAUGGUCAUGCGCGAAGAUACCAAACUAGAGUCUGUCGACGAGUUUGUCCAGCGCAUCGAGACGGCCACUAGGAACAUACUACAAAAAGCAGUCCGUGCGGGCGUCACAAAGGGCUCGGAGCGCGGCGCGGCAGGCUACGCGGCGCGGCGCGACCUGCGGAAUGUAUUCCUGAAGGAUAUCUUGCGCCGCCGCUGCGAGCGGUGCCAAGCCACCAAUCCCACACUGCGUAAAGACGGAUUCGUAAAGAUCACAGAGCGUGCCUUGUCUGCACGCGACACAGCGAUCCACGAAGCGCGCGGGAUCAAGCGCGAUAAUGUGCUCCUGGCCGAGCGCGCGAGCAGAAGCGAUGCAGUUGCGAUGGAGGUCGAGCAGCCCACGGAGAAUCACGCCGCCGUCUCCCUCAAAGACGCACGCAAACUCAGCAAAGAGGCCGGCACGCAGGCAAGGGCCGUCCCUGCGAGCGAGUGCCGCGCAAACCUGCGCCGCCUCUUUGCAAACGAAGCCGAGAUUUGCAGCCUACUCUUUGGGCGCCAUCCCAUCUUUGCGACCAACACUUCUGCGCCCAGCGCCGAUAUCUUCUUUUUCGAGGUGAUCUGUGUCACACCCACGCGUUUCCGCCCUGCGAGCGUGAUGGGCGACCAAACGUUUGAGAAUGCACAAAACGAGCUGCUUACCAAGAUCCUGCACUCGUCUCUGGACGUACGCAAGAAGAAUGAAACGGCGCAAGCGUAUCACCGCAAGACAAACUACCCGUCGCUCGACGACCUCGACGAUGGCGAAAGCAUGCGCCUGCAAAAGCAAUGGAAUGUCGACCGGCGCACCGCCAUGGACGAUCUGCUCUCGGCCAUGAUGCAGCUGCAAGUCGCUGUCAACUGCUACAUAGACGCGAGCAAAAAUCCCGCACCCAUGCGUCAGGGCCAAGCGCCGCCGCCGGGCGUGAAGCAGGGUUUGGAAAAGAAGGAGGGCCUUUUUCGCAAGCACAUGAUGGGCAAGCGUGUCAACUUUGCCGCGCGCUCGGUUAUUUCGCCCGACGUCAAUAUCGAAACGAAUGAAAUCGGCGUUCCGCCCGUGUUUGCGAAACGCCUUACGUUUCCCGAGCCCGUCACCGUCCACAACUACGAGGUCAUGCGCCAGCUGGUGAUCAAUGGCCCCGAUACAUACCCCGGUGCCCACGCCGUCCGUGCCGAGGACGGCACAGAGACGCUGCUCAAGAACGUAUCGGUCGAGGAGCGCACCGCGCUGGCCAACCAGCUCCUGACGCCCCAGGGCCAAGUCUCGCGCCAGAGCAUCGGCACGUUUGGCGGCAUUGGCGGCGCACUGCGCACGCCAAUCGCCAACAAGCAAGUGCUUCGGCACCUGCGCACGGGCGAUAUUGUAGUGAUGAACAGGCAGCCGACACUGCACAAGCCGUCGAUGAUGGCCCACAAAGCGCGUGUCCUGCAAGGCGAGCGCACUAUCCGGAUGCACUAUGCCAACUGCAACUCGUACAAUGCCGACUUUGAUGGGGACGAAAUGAACAUGCAUUUUCCGCAGUCGCAGCUUGCACGUGCUGAAUGCUACAACAUUGCCAACACAGACAACCAGUACCUUGUCCCCACCAGCGGAAGUCCUCUGCGUGGGCUGAUCCAGGACCACGUCGUGGCGGGUGUGUGGAUGACAAGCAAAAAUACUCUCUACACACGCGAAGAGUACAGCCAGUUUGUCUUUGGCGCGCUGCGCCCGGAAAACUACGGCAUUGCCGGCCGGAUUGCGAUGCUGCCGCCUGCGAUUUUAAAGCCGCAGCGCUUGUGGACAGGGAAGCAGGUCAUCUCUACGAUCCUGCUCAAUGUCAAGCCGCCGCACGUCCCAGGGCUGAACCUGGACUCCAAGGCGAAGGUCGCGGGGCGCUAUUGGGGCCCCUCGCACAAAGAAGAAGAGAUUGUGCGCGUGCGCGACGGCGAGAUGCUAACGGGAGUGCUGGACAAGGCGCAGAUCGGCGCAUCGGCCUACGGCCUCAUCCACAGCGUGUACGAAAUUUUCGGUGCGGAAAAUGCGGGGCGCAUGCUGAGUAUAUUAUCGCGCCUUUUUACCGCCUGGCUCCAGCACAAUGCGUUUUCGUGUCGCAUGGACGACUUGCUCCUCAGCGCCGAAGGCGACAGUAUGCGCCGCGAUCUCCUUGAGAAAGGCGCUGACUGCGGCCUGGAGGCGGCGGUGAAGAAUGUCGGUUUGGAGGGCAAGCCAAACGACUCUGAUACCAACUACAAUCUGCGCCUGCGCCUGGAGGAAGUGCUGCGAGACGAUAUUAAACUUGCGUCGCUCGACGCGGAUAUGAUGUCCGCUUCGAACAAGCUUACUUCGGCGGUGAUCAAUGCGUGCAUUCCCGACGGGCUCUUGCGCAAAUUCCCCGAGAACAAUAUGCAGAUGAUGGCUGUGACCGGCGCAAAAGGCAGUGCUGUGAAUGUCUCCUCCAUCUCCUGUCUCUUGGGGCCGCAGGCGCUCGAAGGCCGUCGUGUGCCUGUGAUGGUAAGCGGCAAGACACUCCCCUCGUUCAAGGCGUUUGACACUGCAGCCCGAGCGGGCGGCUUUGUCGCGAACCGUUUCUUGACGGGGAUUGCGCCGCAAGAGUACUACUUCCACUGCAUGGCUGGCCGUGAGGGGCUGAUUGAUACUGCGGUCAAGACGUCGCGCUCUGGCUACCUGCAGCGGUGCCUGAUCAAGCAUCUCGAGGGCGUUUCUGUCCAGUACGACCAGACGGUGCGCAACAGCGAUGGCUUUUUGCUCCAGUUUCACUACGGCGAGGACGCACUGGACGUGACGCGCUCCAAGUACUUGGAGCAAUUCGACUUUAGCAUCCAAAACUUUGAGGCCUACCGCCGGCGGUACAACCCAUUACAGCUGCAGGAGACGAUGGAGGUGGAAGAGGCGCCCGACUACAUGAAACGCGCACUCAAGAAGCCACACAAGUAUCCGCCAGUGAUGAGCGUGUACGCACCCAUGCGCCACUUUGGGUCCAUGUCAGAGUCGUUUGCACGCAAGGUCGAGGCGUACAUUGCCACGAAUCCCCACAAGCUGCUCGCGGAAAAGAAGCGCAAGCAGGUGGAAAGUGCACCGCAACCCUUGCUGGCGAAGCCGAAACUGGGAAUCGAGCAGUUCCGCGCGAUGAGCAAGGUGCUAUACCACCAUGGGCUGGUCGAGCCCGGCGAGAAUGUCGGGCUGCUCGCCGCGCAAGGCAUCGGCGAGCCAAGCACGCAAAUGACCCUGAAUACGUUCCACUUUGCGGGGCACGGCGCAGCGAAUGUCACGCUGGGCAUUCCGCGUCUGCGCGAGAUUGUAAUGACUGCGUCCAAAGAGAUCAAGACGCCGAUUAUGCGCCUUCCUGUUUGUACUGGGAUCACCGAAGCGCAAAUGCGCACGUUUUGCAAGGACGGCAGCCGCCUCGUUUUGAGCCAGAUUGUGGAAGACGCCACGGUCACGGAGCGGAUCCUGCCCAAGACGGCAGCGAAUGGCUACCAGCGCCAAAAGAUGUAUACAGUCCGUCUGCAAUUCUACCCCGCAGACGAAGUGCACGAGGAGUACAAUGCCUCGACGGAGCAUGUGCUUCAAGGGCUCGAAGCGACCUUUGUGCCGCUGAUCGAGCGCGAAAUUCAGCGCGAGAUGAAGCGCCAGCGCCAGGACCAGGUCCGGCAGACGCAGGCCAUCGGCCACGGGCAGAGCUUUGCAGAGGGCCAGACGGAGACGACCGCAGCCGAAGGCGUCGAGCCGAAUGCAGAGGAUUCGGACGACGAGGCGCCCGUGUCCGACACGGAAGACAAUGCCGACGCAGCCAAACGGCGCGCGAAUGCUGCAAGCGUCUCGUAUGACGAUCGCGACGAGACUGACGAUGAUCUGCACACCGCCUUUCAGGACGAGGAGCUUAUUGACGACGAGGCAAUGGAAGACACCAUCGAGACGCGCAUCAGCGAUCUCGGCGAGAAAUUCCAGAGCGAGACCAAGUACGUGCAGGCGUUCCGCUUCGAUGCGAAGCACGGCGCAUGGGCCGAGUUUGACUUGCACAUCCACAGCAGCGCUGAAAAGAUGCUGCUCAUCAACCUUGUCGAGCGCGUGUGCUGCGCCAGUGUCGUGCAUGAAAUUCCACGGAUCAGCAGGGUGCUUGUGCCGCCACCGACACCAGGGAACGAUGCUGUGGCGCUCACCGCCGAGGGCAUUAAUAUUCCCGGCAUGUGGGAGUUUGCGUUCGGCCUUGUGGAUCUCGAUGCAAUCUACACGAACGAUAUCGGCGCACUAUUGGCCUGCUAUGGCGUCGAAGCGGCACGAGCGGCGAUCGUCAGCGAGCUCAAAGGCAUCUUUGAUACCUAUGGCAUUGGCGUCUCGAUGCGCCACCUCUAUUUGAUCGCCGACUACCAGACCGCCUUUGGCGAUUUCCGCCCGUUUAGCCGCGGCGGAUUGGCCGAUUCGCCCUCGCCAUUGCUCAAGGCUAGCUUUGAGAUGACCAUGGCAUUCCUCAGCGGCGCGGCGCUCUUCCAGGAAGAAGACCACCUUAGCUCGCCUUCCGCCAACAUCGUCAUGGGACGCCCCGUGACGAUGGGCACGGGUGCAGUGACGGUGCAUGCGGCCGUGCCCGCCCGUGCAUAG